CUCGCUUUUCUGUUCAUCACGGAAAAAGCAAACCAGCAGCUACGCACGAUUUUUCCUCUGACUCUUCGUAAAUAAGAACAUGGCACAGGGGUAUAAAUACGGUGGUCCGGGAGGGAAUAAUGGGAAUUUCAAUCCAAAUCGAACCACCGGGUCGACGGUGCAGGGUUUUAAGCACCAGGGAGUUCCGUCGGCUCCCUACAAUUUGCGGUACGAAGCCCGGUCGCAGCAAGAAGUUGAUGUGUACUGGAAGCUCCCAACUGGUCAAGACAUCACUUCAGUCAACGUGGAGCUUUACCAGCAGCAAGGGUGGUUCGGCGGCUGGGAAAAGACUGACGAGGGAAAUCUUAAUGGCAGCACUGAAACGGUUACCGUGGAAAACAAAGUACUGCAACUGCACAUACGGGCCGUCAACAGAUUUGGAAAGAGCGAGGCUGCAAUUAUCAAGCUUGGAUAGAUGUAGCCGCCCGUGGUCAAGUGAUACAUGCAGAGUGGUGUGAACUUCUACCACAGCCUGUGCUGGGACCAUCACAUUACAGGAAUACUCUUAAUAUGAUGUUUAUAUGUGUCGUUCACUUUCUUAUAAAUGUGUCUUUCACAUUUCCUUGUUACAGUAACGUUAGUUCAUAUACAUCCACUGUAUUUAAGGGCAUUUUAUGUUGGUAUAUCUAUGUCUAUGGACAGUGCACCGGUUUCAAAUUGUUUCCUUUUUCAAAGUACUGAUAUUCAUUAAUACUAUACUUUAAAUACAACGAAUAUUGUCAGCCCUGCAGAUAAAUGUGAACUAGCUAUAUAUAGCGCUACAACACAUUUCAACACACUCGCUGCAGAUUUGACUAUUUCUUCUUAAGGUUGGACACAAAAACAUUUAGGUAAAGACAUAAAAGAUUGAUUUGUUAUUAGAAAAGAUGUUGACAGAUCCAUCCCGGCCAUUGUAUACAUGUACAUGAUUACCUAACGUUAACCCCAUGUGUGCAGAGUCCAGCAUUGAUAAUCUGAAUAAAUGCCAAGUUACGACACAUGUUUAGCCCAAAUGUGCCAAAUAAAAUGUAUAUUUUGUAGUUUGUACUGGACCUUGCGAAAGUCACAGACUGUGUAUUUGGGUUGUGCCAAGAAAGCUUCGACUCUAUAAAUACCUUCAAAGACAAAAAAAGAGUUCUACAUCUGUACUUCAUUGUUGCUGUUAUGUUUUUAAUUGUAAUUGCCUGUAACAUAACGUAUGUACAGUUCUUCUCAGAUAUUUCUGAUUGAAAAAUAUCAACCCUGUAGCUGAGCUAUCUAUGUGUAAUGCAAUGCAGGAUGAAAGUCUAUGACUAGCAUGUUAACACAAUAUAAUCAAUGACCUAUUAUUGUUAAAUUAUGUUCUGAAACUAUUUUGACAUCACAAAAUGCAUAAAGUAUGGUUUUGUCCGCUCCUAUACUGUUAUUAUUCUGUAAACAUGAAACAUAUUAGGGCAUAUGCUAAUCAAUGUGCAAGACUUGUGACAGAGUAGGUCUUUACUGAAUAUGUUAGAAGCAACAACAGGACUAUUGUCACGAAGAAACUAAGUAUACUUUUUAACCUUUGUAAGAAUGGAGUGACGUUACUAGUUUCUUAGUAAUAUACCAGUAGGUUUAACAUGGAUAAGAAUACUUUUUCUGUCUGUAUAACAAUUUGACAACUUCUCACAUUAAGUCUUCAAUUAUCUUUCCAAUGUUUUAUCAUUUUUUUAUUGCGUGCAUAUUCUCUGAUUCAUUGUUUAACACUUCUCAAUUUUCCACUUUUUUAUACACGGUAUUAUAUGUUGUUUAAAUUAAUUAGCGUUAAGAUUAUAUCGGUUUGGUUUGCAUCAAGUGUUUAGUAUACCAUAUCUAGGCGAGAGGUAGUUCUGAAAUACAAAAUCACAAGUUUGAUUUCAGAUUUAUCUUCUCAGCGUUACACGUACCUUUAACGUUUAUGUCUAGUACUUAUUUGUUGUAGUUUGGUGUUAAAGUAAUAUAAGAUCACAGAGUUUGGGUGUGUUAACACAUUGUCUUUGUUAUACUGACGUCUUGUAUCAAUAAAACCAUUUUACAUAUUC